AACCUGUUUAUCCAGCUCCUCUGACUCACUGCGCAAGGUUAGAAACAAAUCUCCGUCGUUUACACUGAAAGUUGAUGACUUGUUGACUUUUUCUGGUUCCGCAGAGUAAACGCCACAGAUUACUGCAGUAUUUCUCUCUCUGAGUAUUUUUUGUUAGUGGUUUUGUGCAAGUUUUAACUCGCCGACUGUGUGGACUUCGACCUCGGUGAGGUACUUGUCUUAAACAAGGAAGUAUAGUCUACUGAAUCCGUCGUUGAUGAAGUCGACGGGCCGUGAGUAAAUGGCAGCAAAUGUCCACGGUUAACUAUUCUGAAAGGAGAUUUUCCUCUCGAUGUUUAUCUUGUAACGUUGGCUUGUGACUAUCCUGGGCUGUUUGUGUACGGUGCCAUCUGUACGGGAUAAAGCAGCUUCCACCCUCCCCGGGACAAGAUGAACAUUUCUUUGGAAGACAUGGAUCCAUCAGGUGAAAAUAAUUCUAUUGUCCACCUGCCUGCGCCACUUCUCCCAGAGACGUCACACAUCUCCAAUAUGACCAUUAUUCGAACCGGCAAUGGCUCAAUCAUAGAGAACCAGAUGUUUUUAAACACACUGGCUGCACAGGCCCUUUCAGGGAUAUUCGUCUGGUCCGCCUUGCUCAUAACGUGCCACCAGAUCUACACACACCUUCGAUCCUACUCUGUCCCCAAUGAGCAGCGCUACAUCAUCCGCAUCCUGUUUAUCGUGCCAGUCUAUGCCUUUGACUCUUGGCUCAGCCUGCUCUUCAUCAGCAACGACCAGUACUAUGUGUACUUUGACUCCGUUCGAGACUGUUAUGAAGCGUUUGUCAUUUACAAUUUCCUGAGCUUGUCCUUUGAGUAUCUGGGAGGAGAGAGUGCAAUCAUGUCCGAGAUUCGAGGGAAGCCCAUACAGUCAAGUUGUCUUUAUGGCACCUGCUGCCUCGUCGGUAUGAGCUACUCCAUCGGCUUUUUAAGAUUCUGCAAACAGGCGACGCUCCAGUUCUGCGUUGUCAAACCCAUCAUGGCAGUCAUCACCAUCAUCCUGCAGGCCUUUGGCAAAUAUCAUGAUGGAGAUUUUAACGUGAAUGGAGGAUACCUGUAUAUCACAAUCAUCUACAACUUCUCAGUCAGCCUGGCCCUCUACGCUCUCUUCCUCUUCUUCUUCGCAACAAGUGACCUGCUCAGGCCGUACGAACCGGUGCUCAAAUUCCUAACUAUUAAAUCUGUCAUCUUCUUAUCCUUCUGGCAAGGAAUGGUCCUCGCCAUCCUGGAACGCUGCGGGGUCAUCCCCAACGCGCUCUUCAUCGACGGACAAGAGGUCGGUGCUGGCACUGUGGCAGCGGGCUGGCAGAACUUUAUCAUCUGCAUCGAAAUGUUCUUCGCUGCCAUCGCCCUCCGAUAUGCUUUCACCUGCACCGUCUACCAGGAGAAAAAAAAUGAAGUGCCAGAGAACCUCCCCCCAAUGCAGAGCAUCUCCAGCGGUCUGAAGGAGACCAUAAACCCUGGAGACAUGGUGCAGGAUGCCAUCCACAACUUCUCCCCAGCCUACCAGCAGUACACCCAGCAGUCCACACAGGAGGUGGUCCAGCCCAGCACCAAUGGAAAAGUGGCCACAGGCAACAAGAGCUCCCGCAAGUCUGACAAAAUCAUGCUGAUUACCUCUGAUGAUGAAUUCUAGGCAUUUUUCCAGCAAGAUCCAGGUGUUUGUGUCCUUGCCACCCCUAUCUCUCACCCCCUGGGGAAACAGCUGUAUUGCAUUUCGCACAGAGCUGGAUUGAAUCCAGGUGUUUAAUUUUCAUUAUCCCAGUAUUUAAAAUGGACUGCUUACUUCUGUCCUAUUUGAAUGAGUAAUUUAAGCAGGAAGAGGAGGAUGAUAUUAGUAAUAGUUUUAAAAUUGAUGACUCAGUGAACAGAGAGCCGAUAUGCCAACAUCUUAGCAGUAAUAAUCACAGGAAAAUGACAUGUGUCACCCUCGCUGUGUCAGAAGUCUGGAGCUAUGCGUUUCCUUUAAGUGAAACUGCUGGAUGUUCAGCAGUGUCCCUGAUCCCGACUCUGUUUCUGUCAUCAUGUCAAUGCUCACUCUCUGGCCGUCUGAGGCGUGUUCCUCUGAUUCAUGUCAGUUUCAAAGGGGAGAUGAUUAAUAUGUGACUCCAGGUGGGAUGCAGUGAAGCCAACAACGGCUGGGAGUGACACUUCAUGGACUUGUCUCGCAUCUGCUUGUUUGAAGUAUUUGCUGAGCAUCCCUCUGCAUGGUUUCCUGACAAAUGGAAGGAUCCGUUCAAAGACACAUUAGUUUUGGAGCAGGCACUUCAAACUGCAGACUAUAGCACUUCGCAAUCCUUUGUAUCUACCGUAGCAUGGACAAAUUGGAUAAACCUGUCCCCAAUAAAAGUGGGAGUUGUAUUAUUCUCAUUAAUUUUCCCAGCAUGCUAAGGAGUGUAAUUCAAUGCAACUAGACAGCUGUGAGCAGACAUUCACAAUUAGUCUUUUUGCAGCCUCUACACUAUUACAAAUGCUUUUGGCAGAGCCUUUUUGUGUUUGAUGUGGUCACACCACUCUUCAUAUUAUAAUUCCCUCUUCCAGGGAUUAUGAAAUGAAACAUGUACAGAAUCUGAUUGUUGUAAAUUGUGGUGUUUUAAUAUGUUUUAUUUGUGUAAAAAGAAAUUGUUGUUUGAAUUAUGGAUUGGGAAGAUUAAUGUAUUUAAUGUGUACAGUACCAGAGAGGAGAGGAGAAACACAAAAACAAAACUGUAAAAAAAAAAAAAAAACUGACUUUUUUCAUUCAGAAAUGUUAUCUGUGUUUGUCACAUGGGAGACAUAUAGCUUUCUUAGCACAUUAAUUAUUGUGUAACAAGUCAUAGUUUGUUGAACUUUGAUACCCUCUUGUGCCAAUGAUAGCUGUCUUUCUGGGAAAGCAGAAAUUAAUUUACAGUUUGGUACAAAAUAGUUGUGACAAAUGUUAGUCCUGUUUUGGCGCUGAAAAUAAAUUUUUUUUUUUUUUGCUCCUCUAACUCACGUAUAUUUAAUUGAGUAAUUGUGCAGUUGUAGAUGGGGGAGGAAGCUUUAUUUGAAAGUACAAAAACAGACACAGCAGACCUAUUUAAAGGAAUAAUUUACCAUACUUUAAAUCAGAGCAGAAACAAAUACAGAUUUUAUUUGUACAUGAGGGUAGUUCAUUGAGAAAACA